CAGGGUGGAGAAGCAGACUGAGCGGAGACCCACUGCAGUGCCAAUGGGAGGGGCAGGGCUAGCUGCAAGGGCAGCUUCCCGGGCCUGGGUCCCCUGCCUCCAGGCAGUGCUGAAGCUCCAAGCGCUGGCUGGGGUCCCAGCAUCCUUUGUGCUCCUCUCAGAGGAAGGAUGCUGUGGCUCCUGCCCUCUGUCAGACCUGUUAUCUGACUCCUCCCACCUGCCACAGUGUGUUCACUUGCCGGCUGCUAAGCCCAUGCCUAGAUUUUUGGGCAGUUGACUUUUUCACACAAACCGGGGUCUUUGCCCAUUUUCCCCUGUGGCCCAGCGUUCCCUGGGGGCCCCAUCUGAGGGAGGGGUGCGGCUCUCCAUAGGGCCCCCUGCUUCUCUGGGGACCAUUUCAGAGAACCCCACCUCCAGGCCUCGUAGAGACAGAGCCACAUAACCGGCAGAAGGGCUGUCUGCCCCCAACCUGGGUCAGGGCGCAGGAGAAACCACCCCCCUACCACCAUACAGGGUAGUUCCGAGGGUCAGGGGGGGCGCGAGCGGAGCUCUUUGUAAACUCCAUAAGCCGCACAAAUGUCAAGCGGUAUCAGUGCUGCGCCUACCACGCUCCCCGCCGCCCCCACACUGAGCGUCUCUCCGCUGGGACUUAAGGGAAGGAAUGCCUUUGUCUCUGCUGGCCCCCCGGGGGUCUGGUGUGGCAUGUGUCCCACAAGCACAGGGUCACGGCUGUGGCUCUGUUCCCUUCAGCGCAGUGAGCACCGUGAUGCCCUUGAGCUAAGAGGGGAGCCCUGGGCUCCCUCAGAGCGGCAGGGGGCUGCCCCCCGAGGCAGGGUUCCUAGAAGACAGCAGCCCCGGCAGGGGUGAGGAGCCCUGGCUGAGAGUGAAAAGGGAUGGCGGGCUCUGUGGAAGGCGCGGCCAGUGUGGGUUAGGCCCCCUCCCAGCCCUGGGUGUUGGGGGCUCAAGGCAGCAGGAAUGCUUCCUGAGAGUCAGGCUCCCAUCCCCUCACACUCCUGCCUCCCCCUGCGGGGCUGGGGCCCUGGCCAGACUGAGGUGAGCAGUAGGGGGCUGGAGGUUAGAGCCAAGCCUCCACGUAGGGGCGCUGGCAUAACUCCCUGGCUAUGUGCGGAGUGCAGGCUUAGCGGUCAUCCCCUACAGAAGGGAAACUGAGGCUGGAGAGGCACCAGCCUCUGGCCUGCAGGCUGUCCAGCCGUCACGAUGGCUGAAGGCACUGCAGGGGCUGCGUAGAGUGUGGCCUGGCCCAGAAAGGGUCCUCACAGCUGCACUGCCACCACCGCCACCGAGGUCAUAAUUGCUCUGAAAUCACAACCGAACCCAAUUAUGCAAAAACCAAAUUAUGCAUGAUGAUUUUUAUGUGUUGGAAACGUUUGGCCAAAGCUAUGUGAUUACAGGGGAACAGGAAGCAGCUGCCACUCUCUGGGAGCCCAUAACUCCCAACAGCUGGGAGCUGUCACUUAUUUACAACACCAUUUCUGCCAGGAACGAGAGGGUGGCAGUGGUGGCGAGGCCCACCCACGCCUGGGCUGGGCAGGCGGCUGAGACGGUGACAGGCCCGGGAGCCCGCCUGGGUGGCCAGCGUGAGGUUGGGAGCCGGGUGGCUGGGAGUGGCCAGGAGGGCUGGCCGUCUCGCUCUCCGUGCUCUGGGCAUAGCUGGCAGCGGGAAGAGUCAGCUGAGCUGCCCCAGGCGCCCGGCACUCCCGAGAGGCCCGUCUGGCCAGGCUGGAAGGGAAGGAACAGGAGGCCAACCCAGGCAGGGACGAGAUGGCUGCCUGGCCCUGCAGGGCGGAGGUCUGCAGGCCCGGAGCCUGUCUCCCUGACGCCAGCGCGCCUGCCAGGCCGCCCGGGGCAGCUGCGACCCUGGAAAAAGGCAGGGUGCUGUGUGGAACUGCUGCUGCUGCUGCUGGCCGGGGAGCUGCCCCUGGGUGGCAGCUGCCCGCGGGACUGCGUGUGCUACCCAGCACCCAUGACAGUCAGCUGCCAGGCUCACAACUUCGAUGCCAUCCCUGAGGGCAUCCCAGAGGACAGCGAGCGCAUCUUCCUGCAGAACAACCGCAUCACCCUCCUCCAGAGGGGCCACUUCAGCCCCGCUAUGGUCACCCUGUGGAUCUACUCCAACAACAUCACCUUCAUUGACCCCAGAACCUUCGAGGGCUUCGUGCACCUGGAGGAGCUGGACCUCGGCGACAACCGGCAGCUGCGGACGCUGGCACCCGAGACCUUCCAGGGCCUGGUGAAGCUCCAUGCCCUCUACCUCUAUAAGUGUGGGCUCAGUGCCCUGCCAGCGGGCAUCUUUGGUGGCCUGCACAGCCUGCAGUACCUCUACCUGCAGGACAACCACAUUGAGUACCUCCAGGAUGACAUCUUUGUGGACCUGGUCAACCUCAGCCACCUGUUCCUCCAUGGCAACAAGCUGUGGAGCCUGGGCCAGGACACCUUCCGGGGACUGGUGAACCUGGACCGGCUGCUGCUGCAUGAGAACCAGCUGCAGUGGGUCCACCACAGGGCUUUCCAUGACCUCCGCAGGCUGACCACCCUCUUCCUCUUCAACAACAGUCUCACUGAGCUGCAGGGUGACUGCCUGGCACCCCUGGGGGCCCUGGAGUUCCUCCGGCUCAACGGGAAUGCCUGGGACUGUGGCUGCCGGGCACGCUCCCUGUGGGAAUGGCUGCGGAGGUUCCGAGGCUCGAGCUCUGCCGUCCCCUGUGCAUCCCCCGAGCUGCGGCAUGGCCAGGACCUGAAGCUGCUGCGGGCCGAGGACUUCCGGAACUGCACGGGGCCAGCGUCCCCUCACCAGAUCAAGUCGCACACGCUCACCACCACCGACAGGGCCGCCCGCAAGGAACACCACCCACCCCACGGCCCCGCCAGGGACAAGGGCCACCCACGUGGCCAUCUGCCUGGCUCCCGGCAGGGCUACAAGAAGCCAGGCAAGAACUGCACCAGCCACAGGAAUCGCAACCAGGUCUCGAAGGUGGGCGCCGGCAAGCAGGCCCACGAGCUGCAGGACUACGCCCCCGACUACCAGCACAAGUUCGGCUUUGACAUCAUGCCCACGGCACGGCCCAAGAGGAAGGGCAAGUGUGCCCGCAGGACCCCCAUCCGUGCCCCCAGCGGGGUGCAGCAGGCCUCCUCGGGCAGUUCCCUGGGGGCCUCAUUCCUGGCCUGGAUACUGGGGCUGGCAAUCACUCUCCGCUGAGGACCUGAAACGCCAGCACCCAGCACUGCCACACGUCCACCAAGGAACAGAAUUUCUUUUCUUUUUUUUACAAGUGGAGGAUCAGCUGGGUUUCAGGCAAAGGCUGGUAGAGGCUUUGGCUGCUGUCUGGGCCCCGCCUGGUGGAUUAUAAACCCAAAGUGUACAGCCCCAAGCUGGAGGGAAUCAGUACAUCUCACCCAGCAUCCCAGCCAGCCCCUGCCAAGCACCCACGGACAGCAUCCAUCCAGCAAGGCAGUUAAAGUGCGCGAAGCGAAUCCUUCCUUAGCAACCAUGGGACAGUGCCCCACGCACAGAAGCCGGGCUCUGUGGAAUCCUGGUCAUCUGGAGAGGUCUGAGGGCCCCCACCACUCCCGGAGGAAGCAGGACCCAGAGGAGAACAGACGAGGCUCACUCAUGAGGCUGGGUCAACCAGCCGUCUGGGAGCAUAUGAGCAGCUGGCAUUUUGGCUCUUACUUGAGGCCACUUAGUCAACCCGCCCUGAAUCUAACCAUGUGCCACCUUCAUUCAGCCCCUCCCUGGCGGGUACCGCCUCUCAUUCCUGAUGUCUCAGGCAACCCUGGCAGACCCAGGCCCAACUGCUGGGCUCCAAGAACCAACUACCAAAGGAAAGAUCAUCAGAGGCUGAAAUUUAGAACUCCAUCGUGUUCCACGAGGUUCUCAGAGGAGGUGCAAUUUUAUAACUACGUCCACUUAUAUAUAUACACACUCUCUACAUAUAUAUAUACACACAAAUGCACAGGUCCCCGCCCCACUCCCUUACCAAACUGUAUGUCUUCUCAUGUUUAUAAACUAUACGGAAAACUAUAUCUGAUGAACUAAGGAUUGUAUUGGUGAUUUUUAGCAAGAAAAGAGUUAUAGGAUUUUUGUCUAGAAUCCCAACCUGGCAACAAUCGUCCCCAUGUAACCUGGGCUUGCCAGGGCUCAGUGCAAAGGGUCAGUGGGGAGAGUCAGGGAGAAGGGGAGGCAGCAAGAAUCACUUCAGAGGACCAAUAUUCUUAGCUAUUUAGAGCAUCACCAUGUUUUUAUAUGCAACACAAGCCCGUCUGCCGCCCCAGAGCGCCCCAUCUCCCCCACUAUGGUAGCUGUUGGCGUCGGAGUGAGAAGUGAGAAGCGGCUUGUUGGACUUCAGGGAGCCAGGCCCUGGAGACAGGCUGGAUGGAGAAGGGGAAGGAAGGGGCUUUGGGUCUUUUAAGCUGAUGGGCAAGGCAGCAUCCACAGUGUUAGUCCAAUGGGCUGGGCAGUGUCGUCAGCCUAGGGUUUGCCAGCAACGGUCUGGACAGGCCAGCGAGACUCUGGGCAUGAGCCCAGGCCUCCAGCAUGGCUCAGCUGCUGAAUUUUUCCUUGAGGCUCUUUGAUGGGCAUCCCAGUGAGGGCCUUCUGUAGGGUGACAGGAGAGAAAGCAUCAGGUAGCCUUAGCAGAAGGCGAACAAAGAGAGAAUUUCAAGAACCAUCUCAGGCACUUUUGCAUUACGGAGGCCCGGUCUCUCCUGGCCCUUGUGAAGAUGCCCAGGGACAGGCAGAGGUCAGAGGGUCAGACUCAGGGGCAGGAGCAGGGGUGUGCAGGGAACGGAGCAGGCAAGCCCAGACAGGAGACAGGGGCUCCAACUGAUCAAGGUUGGCCAUGCUGCUGGCUGGGGCCCCGGGCGAGCACAAUAUCCCUUGCGCUUUGCACAAACCUGAAUUCCCCACCAGAGAGGAUGUGUGUGAGGAGCAAGAAACACUGAAUCCAAUUAAGAAAGAAAAAUAAUAAUUAAAAAAAUUUCUCUUGGACAAGAA